AUGUCUAAUGUGACCAAUACUUCAGCUGAUAGUUCUCCAUAUGAGAGCAAGGAAAAUUCAAUUGCAUCUUCAUCAACAGUUACAAAUAAUCAUGCCAACGUUGUUGUAGAGAAUGAGGAAGAUGAAACCGCCACAGACCAAUCCAACAACCCUGAACUCCUUGAGAAACUGAAACAAGUACAACAAAAGAUAAAAUUACUGACAAGCAAAGACGAAGGUAGAGAUGAACUUCUCCAAGAUUAUAUUAAAGGAUACAAGGAACAGAUAUCAUUAUUUGACAGUUUAAAGCAACGAAAGCUUUUUCUUGCUGCUCAAUUCAGAGAAUUGCAAAUGAGAAAUAUUGAAGAAACAUAUAAUAGUGAUGUACAACAAGCAAAAUCUGAUUAUGAGAAUGAUAUAAGUACAUAUGUUGAAAAGUUAUUAAAUCAGGCGCUAGAGGAAGAGAAACGGAUAUCUGAAGAGCUGAAAGGCAUCACUCCCAUCCGAAAAGAGGGAUCUGAUUCUGCACAAAACGAUGAAGACAAAAAACCUGGACGAAAACUCACCCGAAAUCGAAGAGGAGCAGCAUCCAGCACUGAAAAAUGGUCCAAUGUCAUCAACAUGUCAUACGAAACCUAUAGCAAAAAGAAGAGAUUACCUUGGUCUUUGGAAGGAAUGAAUUUCCAAUUGUCAACAGAUGAAAUUAAUCAAGACUUGAAAAAGAUGAAAUAUAAUUAG